AUGUGGUCGCUAGCGGACUGGAUUCACCAACGGCUCGAGGGUGUCCUAUUCCAACCGGUGGCUCAUGUCUUAUUUUGGAUCGGUAAACAGAUGCAACGUCAUCUCGCCCUCAACUCGACUUGGUGUAAUCUUCUCCCUUCUUCCUCCACUGCAAAUAUGCAGAAUAAUCAUGAGGUUCUAUUCGAAUGGCCUCAUACCGAAGCAACAAUGGUCGUCGUCUAUUCCAUCUCGCCAAGGAUAGUACUGGAUUCAAGGGCAGCACAGCAGAUCCCAUGGGACGAAAAAAUCGCGUACAAAUUCAUCGUGGACGGGCAAUGGACGAUCGCCCCUAGUCAGCCCACGGAGACCGAUUCAUCUGGAAACGUCAACAAUAUAUAUAUCGCCCCCUCAAAGCCUUCACCCCCUACCAUGGACUCGACCUCGCCUGCAGAAACUUUGGACUCAUCUAUCGCCAAGACCACAGAGAAGCCUGCAGCAAACGGCGAUACUCCCGCCGUCUCUGAUAAGCAGGAAACGGAGGCGUCGAGUGGAGGCGUUUCUCAGGUGGUUUCAGAUAUGGCGACUGCUGCUACAGUGGGGACGGCUGCCGGGCUGGGUUAUGUCGCGUCGGGUGUAGGAGCAGCUGUGCAGAGCGUUGUUGGUGUCGACCCAACUGAUACGGAAAAGCGCCUGCUCCCGAACCCACUUCCAAAGCCGUAUCAGAACCAACACCAGAACCUCCUACCCCUAGCCGUCCCAGAGAUGCCAGCAACCGAGGUGGAACCUGCUGCCCCAGUCGUCUCAGAGCCAGUUACAGAGCCAACCCCGGCGCCCUCCGCUGAACCGGUUCCCCCAGUCGAAGAACAAGCAAAGGUUAAUCCAGAACCGAUCUCAGAGCCUACCCCAGUGCCCCUCGCGGAGCCUGUUCCGGCGUCAAUGCAGCAGAGCACAACGAGUCGCCGCCUCCUUCAGCAGAAACGAAAGAAGAGGCUUCAACUCACAGUCCUUCCUCGUUCACCCCCGCUCCUGGCUGCCCCUAGCGAACCUGCCCCAGCUGAGCCUGCCGCUGAAAUACCACCUGCCCCAGCGCCCAAGACUGAGCCGGCAUCUGUCCCAGCUCCCCAGACUGAGCCGCCCACAGUCCCAGAGUCCACACCCGCUCCUGCUGAACCGGCUGUGGCGCCGACUUCAUCUGAUGUCAUCAUUGGAGAUGUGAAAUCUGCAAAUCACGUAGCAUCAGAGAAGCCACCGACCAACGGUCCCGCAGAUAAGCCCUUAUCUCAGCCCGAACCUGCACCCGUAACGCCUCCCCCAAGUGCACCUUCCACGCCCAAAAAGAAAGAGGCGUUCCCCUCGACAGAGUCCCCAUCCAACUCUCCCUCCUCAUCCUCCAAGUUUGGCACUUCUGGUUCUGCCCGUAAGAAGCGGAGCUCCAUCUUUGGCAAGAUAAACAUCAAGCACAUGUUCAGUCCUAGCAAAGAUAAAGACAAGGAGAAGAAAUGA